AUGAGUUACCGGGUUUUUUCCGGAAUUGGUGGUGAACUCGGGUUACUCUCGGAGUACUCCGUUUGUCCAAUUGUUCCCGUUAAAAAAAAACCCGAAGACGAUGUGGAGAUUGUUCCCGAAACCCAACCGCCUAAAGGGAAAGGAAAACGAAACAAAGGCAAACAAGUGGUGGGUGAUCAAACGUCGAAACCGAAGGCGACUAAGUGGACCCCAAUCGAAGAAGAAGCCUUAGCCAAGGCUUUCAUUGGCACUUCCGACAACCCGGUAAAAGGUAAUAACCAAUCGGGUGAGGGGUUUUGGUCCAAGGUAUUGGCCAAGUUUCUCGCCUUGAUGGACCAAGGCCCGUAUCGAGAUCUCGACUCGGUUUCCUCGAAGUGGCGAAAAUUGAACUCGUCCAUCAAUCGGUUUUGCGAGGAAUAUAACAAAUUAUAUACAAGUGACCGUCGUAGCGGGUGGAACGACGAGGAUGUGUUCAAAAUGGCAUUGGAAAAGUAUAAGGAAAAGAAUGGUUCCAACUUUCCUCACGUUCGCGCGUGGAUGGUUGUAAAAGACGAACCAAAAUAUAGGCCUAUUCCUAACGAGGUGGCGAUGGCGAAACGCCAAAAAACAUCGGAAAUGGGUAGUUUAAGCGCCGGUGGAUCGGACGCGAGGUGUCACAUAAACUUAAAUGAUGACGCCGACUAUGACGAAGACGAGUAUAACGUACGUGAACCGGAGCGUCCACCGGGCCGAGACAAAACAAAGAAGGAGCGGGCCAAGGGAAAAGAAAAGGAAAAGGUGGACCCGCACAUGGUUGAGUUUAUGGAACACCUAAAAAUGUACAACGACGUCACGGCCCAAAAAACGAAGGCGAAGGAGCGGGGCAUUGAAGAAAAAAGUCGCGCAUCGGAAGAAAAGUUAAAAGAGAAGGUCCGAUUGGCGAAUGAGAAAAUCCGAAUUUCCGAUGAAAAAAUUCGGCUCAAGGAAUGGGAAAUAAUUACGAUGAAUUCGGCUCAAUUUUAA